UGCAUCUAAGGAGAUCAAAAUGGCAACAUAAACAGCACAAUGGAUAGGCAACUUCUGCGUCCAGAAAAUGCAGCAUUUUUUCCAGGAUGGGAUUUGGAAGAUGUCCGCAACACUUUCUUCAAAUGUAUUAGAUGGCAAGUAGAAGAAACAUUGGAUCCACUAAGCUGCCCUUAUCAUUACUACUGCGAUAGCAAUUACCCUGGAAACUAUCCUCCUACAGUUGAUGUUCUAGUUCUCAUCUUUGCAACAACUUCAUAUCUGGCAACACUAGUGCUGAUGGUCAUUGAUAUUUCAAGAAGAGGACGAAUUUCUACCGGUCAAUCAAAGAGAUAUUUGUUACCGUCUGGUCCAGUUUCCCUUCCUAUAUUUCUCUUAAUGCUAGCCAAGGGACACAGGAUCAACACUAUAUUUCCUCUCUCCUGCAUUGGUCCCGCCAUCCUUCAACUGCUUUACAUUUCUGCUCUCACAUUCAACAAUGAACUAGCUAACGAAGACGUUAAGUAUGCAUUAUUCGAGGCAUCAACAAUUUCGGGUAUUUUACAUGCAAGCGUAUAUCUGGAUUCUGUUAUUUUACCUUAUUAUACAGGUUUUGAUGCUCUUGUGUCAUCAAGAUUCUCUGGAGAGUGUGUUUCUUGUGUGUGCCGAAAAGAGGCCUUGGUUGUGGGAGGAAAGUUGGUUACUUACAGGGGUUGUUCGGUUACUACAUUUUUGGUUGCCAGUGCAUUAUGCUUGAGGAUUAUAAGUAGACUUUCUGAGAACUACAGAGGAAAGAUCACAGUAAUCAAGUUCAUCUUAGAAAGUUUAGGUUGGAUCUUGGUGACUAAAGAUUCUGUUUAUCUAGUUAUUAGCUCUCCUCCAGAACAAUAUGUAUUGCGCAUUUGUGCCUUCGGAUGCAUAUUUGUCUUGAUAUGCCUUCAUCUACUUAAACAGGCAUGCAAUCAGGUUAUACAAUUGCAUUCCAAUCAUGAAAAAUGAAAAACAUAGGCCUUCAUCUA